AUGCCGAUUAGUCAGAAAAUCCCGACUUGGGCUGUUGCCCCAGCUACCUUUGCCAUCUUGGCCGUUGUUUCAUAUCAGACCCUAUUUGCGCCGUACAAUUUAGAGGGCACCAAAAAUGUAUUGCCAAUGGCUAAGACCAUUCCAAUUCCUGUUGAUGCACCAGAGAGUCUCGAAUUUGACCCACAAGGAGAAGGUCCUUAUGCUUCUGUCGUGGACGGUCGUAUUCUCAAAUGGCGUGGCAAUGAUCUAGGCUGGGUUGAGUUUGCCCACACAUCUCCUAACAGAGGGAACUGCUCAAGCCAUGAAGUAGUACCUGCUUGUGGAAGACCAUUGGGACUUAGUUUUGAGAAGAAAACAGGAGAUCUAUACAUAUGCGAUGGUUACCUAGGGGUCAUGAAGGUUGGACCUCAGGGAGGAUUGGCCGAGUUAGUUUUGGACCAGGCUGAAGGUCGCAAAGUAAUGUUUGCGAACCAAAUGGAUAUUGACGAAGAGGAAGAUGUCUUCUACUUCAAUGAUAGUAGUGACAAGUAUCAUUUCAGGGAGGUAUUUUUCGCUGCUGCCAAUGGCGAACGGUCAGGAAGAGUGAUCAGAUAUGAUAAGAAGACGAGAGAGGCCAAAGUUGUUAUGGACAAUCUCCGUUGCAACAACGGUUUGGCUUUAAACAAGGACAGGUCUUUUCUAAUCUCUUGCGAGUCGGCCACAGGUCUGGUCCAUCGAUAUUGGAUAAAGGGUCCUAAAGCUGGGACCCGUGAUAUCUUCUCAAGGGUUCCUGGUUACCCUGACAACAUCCGGUUGACUCCAACUGGAGACUUUUGGGUUGGCAUACACUGCAAGAAAUCUCCCGUAGGGAAAUUGAUAGUGGAGAACAAGUGGCUUGGAAAAUUGGUGGAAAAGACAGUGAAGUUAGAGUUGUUGGUUGCUGUGCUGAACGGCUUCAAACCACAUGGAAUCGCGGUGAAAAUCUCCGGAGAGACAGGUGAGAUCCUUGAGAUACUUGAGGACAAAGAAGGGAAGGUAAUGAAAUAUGUAAGUGAGGCUUAUGAGAGGGAAGAUGGAAAGAUAUGGUUUGGGUCUGUGUUUGAGCCAUCCGUUUGGGUUCUUGAUCGCAAGUAACUCUGUUUUGUUGUACGCAGUGGUG